GGUGGUGCCGGAGCCGGGGCCAUUUUCCCUUCAGCGGCGGCAGCGAGAGCCGAGGAGCCGGGGGGCGAGCUGGGAAGGAGACAAAGCUGCAGAAGCUGUCUGAGCCCAAGUACCCCAAUUUGGAGGACAUGGCAUCGGGCAUUGGAUCCCCAUCACCUUGUUCUGCUGGCAGUGAUGAUGAGGAGAUGGAAAUCCUGCUGAAUAACAGCAUCCCUCAGCACCCAGAGCCUGAAGAAGAGCCAGAGGAAGAGCUGCUAUCAGAGGCUGAAACUCCCAAAAUCAAGAAGAAAAAGAAGCCCAAGAAGCUGAAGGAACCAAAAGUGCCCAAACUUAGCAAGCGCCAGAAAAAGGAGCUAGGGGACAGCUCUGGUGAGGGGAAUGAGUUUGUGGAGGAGGAAGAGGAGGUGCUGCACUCAGACAGUGAGGGCAGUGACUACACCCCUGGGAGGAAGAAGAAGAAGAAAUUAGGGCCCAAGAAAGAAAAGAAAAACAAAGCCAAGCGCAAGGAGGAGGAGGAGGAAGAAGAGGAAGAUGAUGACUCAAAGGAACCCAAAUCGUCUGCUCAGCUCCUGGAAGACUGGGGUAUGGAGGACAUUGAUCAUAUCUUCACAGAGGAGGAUUACCGAACUCUCACCAACUACAAGGCUUUCAGCCAGUUUGUCAGGCCACUCAUAGCUGCCAAGAAUCCUAAGAUAGCUGUCUCAAAGAUGAUGAUGGUGCUGGGGGCCAAGUGGCGGGAGUUCAGCACUAACAACCCCUUCAAAGGCAGUUCAGGGGCCUCUGUGGCAGCUGCAGCGGCUGCGGCUGUGGCUGUGGUAGAGAGCAUGGUGGCCAACGUGGAUGCUGUCCUUCCCCAGCCCCCUGCUGAUGUGCCACUACGUAAGGCCAAGACCAAGGAGGGCAAAGGGCCUAAUGCCCGGCGGAAGCCCAAGGCCAGUCCUCGUGUUCCUGACAUCAAGAAACCCAAAACCAAGAAGGUGGCUCCUCUGAAAAUCAAACUGGGAGGAUUUAGCUCCAAGCGUAAGAGAUCAUCAAGUGAAGAUGAGGAUCUGGAUGUGGAAUCAGACUUCGAUGAUGCUAGCAUCAAUAGCUACUCUGUUUCAGAUGGAUCCACUAGCCGCAGCAGCCGCAGCCGCAAGAAACUCAAGGCUGGGAAAAGGAAAAAGAAAGGUGAGGACGACUCCACAGUUCCUGUGGAUGGCUAUGAGACAGAUCACCAGGACUACUGUGAGGUGUGUCAGCAGGGAGGAGAAAUCAUCCUGUGUGACACCUGUCCCCGUGCCUACCACAUGGUCUGCCUGGACCCAGACAUGGAGAAAGCCCCAGAGGGCAAAUGGAGCUGCCCACACUGUGAGAAGGAGGGGAUCCAGUGGGAGGCAAAGGAGGAUAACUCUGAAGGCGAGGAGAUCCUGGAGGAUGUUGUGGGAGACCCUGAGGAGGAGGAUGAUCACCACAUGGAGUUCUGCCGGGUCUGCAAGGAUGGAGGGGAACUGCUCUGCUGUGAUGCCUGUCCCUCUUCCUACCACAUUCACUGUCUAAAUCCCCCACUGCCAGAGAUUCCUAAUGGGGAAUGGCUGUGCCCUCGCUGCACUUGCCCAUCUCUGAAGGGGAAGGUGCAGAAGAUCUUGAUCUGGAAGUGGGGCCAGCCCCCACUACCCACACCAGUGCCCCGACCAGCUGAUGCAGACCCUAACACUCCCUCCCCCAAACCCCUGGAGGGCCGGCCUGAGCGGCAGUUUUUCGUCAAAUGGCAGGGCAUGUCCUAUUGGCACUGUUCAUGGGUGUCUGAGCUGCAGCUGGAGCUGCACUGCCAAGUGAUGUUCCGAAAUUACCAACGCAAGAAUGAUAUGGAUGAGCCACCCUCAGGGGACUUUGGUGGUGAGGAGGAGAAGAGCCGCAAGCGAAAGAACAAGGACCCCAAGUUCGCUGAGAUGGAGGAGCGCUUCUAUCGCUAUGGGAUCAAGCCUGAGUGGAUGAUGAUCCACCGGAUCCUCAACCACAGUGUGGAUAAGAAGGGGAAUGUCCACUAUCUGAUUAAAUGGAGGGACCUGCCCUAUGACCAGGCCUCCUGGGAGAGUGAGGAUGUGGAGGUGCAGGACUAUGACCUCUACAAACAGGCCUACUGGAAUCACAGGGAGCUGAUGAGAGGUGAAGAGGGUCGGCCUGGCAAGAAGAUAAAGAAGGUGAAGAUGCGGAAGCUGGAAAGACCCCCAGACACACCCACGGUGGAUCCAACGGUGAAGUAUGACCGGCAGCCAGAGUACCUUGAUGUAACAGGAGGGACAUUGCACCCCUAUCAGCUGGAGGGGCUGAACUGGUUGCGCUUCUCCUGGGCCCAGGGCACAGACACAAUCUUGGCUGAUGAAAUGGGGCUGGGCAAGACGGUGCAGACAGCUGUGUUCCUGUACUCUCUGUACAAAGAGGGCCACUCAAAGGGACCCUUUCUGGUGAGUGCCCCACUCUCCACAAUUAUCAACUGGGAGCGGGAGUUUGAGAUGUGGGCUCCAGACAUGUAUGUGGUGACCUACGUUGGGGACAAGGACAGCCGGGCCAUCAUCCGGGAGAAUGAGUUCUCCUUCGAGGACAAUGCCAUACGUGGGGGCAAGAAGGCAUCCAGGAUGAAGAAGGAAGCAUCUGUGAAGUUCCACGUGCUGCUCACCUCCUAUGAACUGAUCACAAUUGAUAUGGCCAUUCUGGGUUCCAUUGACUGGGCCUGUCUUAUUGUGGAUGAAGCUCACCGGCUCAAGAACAAUCAAUCUAAGUUUUUCCGGGUGUUGAAUGGAUAUUCCCUCCAGCACAAGCUACUGCUCACAGGAACCCCUCUGCAAAACAACCUAGAGGAACUGUUCCACCUGCUCAACUUCCUUACACCUGAGAGAUUCCAUAACUUGGAAGGCUUCCUGGAAGAAUUUGCAGACAUUGCCAAGGAGGAUCAGAUCAAGAAGCUGCAUGAUAUGCUGGGCCCACACAUGCUGAGGCGCCUCAAGGCUGAUGUUUUCAAGAACAUGCCCUCAAAGACAGAACUCAUCGUCCGGGUGGAGCUGAGCCCCAUGCAGAAGAAAUACUAUAAAUACAUUUUGACAAGGAACUUUGAGGCACUGAAUGCACGAGGUGGUGGCAACCAAGUCUCCCUGCUCAAUGUGGUCAUGGAUCUGAAGAAAUGUUGUAAUCACCCCUACCUCUUUCCUGUUGCUGCUAUGGAAGCUCCAAAGAUGCCAAAUGGGAUGUAUGAUGGUAGUGCCCUGAUCAGAGCAUCUGGGAAAUUGCUGCUGCUCCAGAAGAUGUUGAAGAACCUCAAGGAAGGAGGCCACAGGGUGCUCAUCUUCUCACAGAUGACUAAAAUGUUGGAUCUCUUGGAGGAUUUUCUGGAACAUGAAGGGUACAAAUAUGAGCGGAUUGAUGGUGGGAUCACAGGGAACAUGCGCCAGGAGGCCAUUGAUCGCUUCAAUGCUCCUGGUGCUCAGCAAUUCUGCUUCCUGCUUUCCACUCGAGCUGGGGGGCUCGGUAUCAACCUGGCUACAGCAGACACAGUGAUCAUCUAUGAUUCAGACUGGAACCCACACAAUGACAUCCAGGCUUUCAGCCGUGCACACAGGAUUGGACAGAACAAGAAAGUGAUGAUUUACCGUUUUGUGACCCGGGCUUCAGUAGAGGAACGUAUCACUCAGGUGGCGAAGAAGAAGAUGAUGCUAACGCAUCUGGUGGUGAGGCCAGGGUUGGGCUCCAAGACAGGCUCCAUGUCCAAGCAGGAGCUUGAUGACAUCCUGAAGUUUGGGACUGAGGAGCUCUUCAAGGAUGAGGCCACUGAGGGUGGUGAGUGCCUGGGUGAUAGCAAAGAGGGUGAGGACAGCAGUGUCAUCCACUACGAUGACAAAGCAAUCGAGCGACUACUGGACCGAAAUCAGGAUGAGACUGAAGACACAGAGCUGCAGGGCAUGAAUGAGUAUCUCAGCUCCUUCAAGGUGGCCCAGUAUGUGGUACGGGAAGAAGAGAUGGGGGAGGAGGAGGAAGUGGAGCGGGAGAUCAUAAAACAAGAAGAGUCAGUGGACCCUGAUUACUGGGAAAAGUUGCUGCGUCACCACUAUGAGCAGCAGCAGGAGGACCUGGCUAGGAACCUGGGCAAGGGUAAACGUAUCCGCAAGCAGGUCAACUACAAUGAUGGCUCCCAGGAGGACAGAGAUUGGCAGGAUGACCAGUCAGAUAACCAGUCGGAUUAUUCAGUGGCCUCUGAGGAAGGCGAUGAGGAUUUUGAUGAGAGAUCUGAAGCUGCUCGCCGGCCCAGUCGCAAAGGCCUGAGAAACGACAAAGAUAAGCCCCUGCCUCCCCUUCUUGCCCGUGUGGGAGGGAACAUUGAAGUGCUGGGCUUCAAUGCCCGCCAGCGCAAAGCCUUCCUUAAUGCCAUCAUGCGCUAUGGGAUGCCACCCCAGGAUGCCUUCACCACCCAGUGGCUUGUCCGGGACCUGCGUGGCAAGUCUGAGAAGGAGUUCAAGGCCUAUGUCUCGCUGUUCAUGCGUCACCUAUGUGAGCCGGGAGCAGAUGGUGCGGAGACCUUCGCAGACGGGGUCCCACGGGAGGGGCUGUCCCGCCAGCAUGUCCUCACCCGCAUUGGAGUCAUGUCACUCAUACGCAAAAAGGUGCAGGAAUUUGAGCAUGUGAAUGGGCGCUGGAGUAUGCCAGAACUAGCAGAGAUAGAGGAGAACAAGAAGCUUUUGCAGCCGGGGUCGCCCUCCCCCAAAACCCCCACACCCUCCACGCCAGGGGACACGCAGCCUAACACACCUGCCCCUGCCCCUCCACUUGAAGAGGGUGUGAAGGUGGAAGAAGGAGCCAGUACCAGAGAGCAAGGGGAGCCCAUGGAGUCUGAGAAGGAACCCAACCUAGCUUCUGCUGAAGCAGAGGUCCCAAUGGAGCAGUGUGCCCAGCCUGUGGAGACACCCCCACAAGAGGCAAAGUCCCCAAUGAACCCCCCAGAAGCAGAGGAGAAAAAGCCUGAGGAACCAGAGGUGAAGGAGGAGCCAAUGGAAAUGGAAAGCAAAGCUGAUGUGGAGAAGAUUGAAGAUAGAGUGUCGUCUGAGCCCUCUGCUGAACCUCUGACUAUCAACCUGGAUGAGAAGGAGGAGAAGAAAGAAGAUGACAAGAGGGAUGUGGUGAUGCUGCAGAACGGGGAGAUGCUGAAGGACUCUCUUGAUGAGAGGCACAAGAAGGCAGUGAAGCAGCGCUUCAUGUUCAACAUAGCUGAUGGUGGCUUCACUGAGUUGCAUUCUCUAUGGCAAAAUGAAGAACGAGCAGCAACUGUCACCAAGAAAACCUACGAGAUCUGGCACCGGCGCCAUGACUAUUGGCUCUUGGCUGGGAUCAUCAAUCAUGGCUAUGCCCGCUGGCAGGACAUUCAGAAUGAUCCACGUUAUGCCAUCCUCAAUGAACCCUUCAAGGGUGAGAUGAACAGGGGCAACUUCCUGGAGAUCAAGAACAAGUUCCUGGCCAGGAGGUUCAAGCUGCUGGAGCAGGCACUGGUGAUUGAGGAGCAGCUGCGGCGAGCUGCCUAUCUGAACAUGUCGGAAGAUCCAUCGCACCCGUCUAUGGCCCUCAAUACACGUUUUGCUGAGGUGGAGUGUCUGGCAGAGAGCCACCAGCACCUGUCCAAGGAGUCAAUGGCUGGGAACAAGCCAGCCAAUGCUGUUCUUCACAAAGUUUUGAAGCAGCUGGAGGAGCUUCUGAGUGACAUGAAGGCAGAUGUGACUCGGCUGCCUGCCACCAUUGCCCGCAUCCCACCUGUGGCUGUGCGCCUCCAGAUGUCUGAGCGCAACAUCCUUAGUCGACUGGCCAACCGCAGCAGCGAACCUCCUCCCCCACCACCUCCCCAGCAGGUGGCCCAGCAGCAAUGAGUCCCUGGCUUGGUACUGUUGGCUUCUUGACCAAGCUGAAAUGAUCCUCCUUCACACUCUACCCUUCCUCUGCCUGACGUUCCUGAUCGGGUGCUGUUCCCCUUGGUGGACGUUGCUGCACAGGCCUCCCUGGGGGAGAGGAGACUCCUCCCUCUGCUGCCAGCCCACACAAGCAAGGAGUGUGCUGGGGCUAGAGGGGACAUGAUGGACUCUGUACAUAGUGACUGGAGGCCACAGCGCCACGUCCUGUUACACAGAAUCCUGGCUGCACUGCUCGCUGCCUCAGCCUGGAGUUCCACGUUUUUUGUUUUAAUCUUAUUUUGAGUUUGUUUACUGAGAUGAGUGUACAGAUGAGACCAAGCAAAAGCCAGGACAGAGACACAGCUACCUCCAUCAAGAUCGUUUUUAAUACAAAAACUGACUGGACUUGUCCACUAAUAAACAGCUAAAAAAGAUGAAAAAAAUCUUGAUAAAACUGAAAAAUAAAGGUUUCCUUGUAUUUUAUUCUGCUGUCUUUAGUAGCUGUGCCAAGAAGUUGUGGGGAGGAAAUAGCAGG